AUGAGGCCAAUAGCCAGUGUAUCAUCAUCACCAAUGAGUAACACUGGGAUUAAAAUAUGGAAGUCACCAAUUCCUUAUUUGUUUGGAGGGUUAGCAGUAAUGCUGGCUCUCAUAUCUGUGGCAUUGGUGAUCCUUGUUUGCUCCUACAGAAAACGUGAUUCUUCUUCUGAGUCGUCAUCAUCAUCAUCAUCAUCACCUGAAGCUGAAGAAAUGAAAUCACAGGCAAUGACCAAGAUCAGAGACGCAAACUCAGAGCCCGAGGUUCUUGUCAUAAUGGCUGGCGAUCACAAUCCCACCUUCCUUGCCAAACCAAUAAUUUCUUCUUCAGUCUACUGCACUUGUGGUGCUCAAGCUGAACCUGAACCUCAACCCCAACCAACUACUUCAUCCACUGAUGGUUUUGUGAGAGCACGGAACGUGAUCACUGAAGAUGAGUGUUUCUUUUUGAGAAUUUUGGUUUUUCAUAAUGAAGGAUCCCCCGGCUUUUUUCAGAAGAGGACGGGGGAUGCCAUGAAACGCAGAAGUGUGUAUAGUUGGAGUCAAAAGCCAGAAGGAUUAAAGUUGCCAAACGCGGCGGCUUGGAAUUGGCAACAGUGGAAAAUGAGUCAAUGGAAUGUCCACAACUUGAAAACUUCAAACAAAUACAAACCCUUUAAACUGUGGUCGCAGGACAUGGGAAACUGUGGUGGAUUGGCAAGGUUAGAGGGUUCGACACCUCUCAUGUCUCACUCACCAAACAUGGAGACACCUCUCAAGUCUUAUCAAGACAAGACAGAAUUUGAUGCAAUGAUGGAUACAUACAAAGUGAAAAGGGACUUAAAGCAUAUUCAAGGACAAGGAUUUUACAUUCCCUCCAGUUGUGCACAUUGUGCUAUUGGGACAUCUGUAUUAUGCAAUAAAACUGAAACAGAUAAGCAGAUAUCGGGCUAUCUAUCUCUGGUGUGUGUUGUUUUUGCUUUGAAUUGGAAUACAUACAGCUUUCCUGCCUCAGAAAUGGAUUCUUUUAAACAAAUCUGGGGUAGUGCAGAAGGAUGUAGCAGUAGUGAAUCUGGUUGGACUAUGUAUAUUGCCUCUCCCAUGCAGGAAGAUGAUGCUGGAUGCAGCAAUGAAAAUGAUGGAUAUCAUGACAUCUAUGGUGAUAACAGGAGAAAGAAGCAAGGGGCCAAAGUAGAUGAAGAAGAAAGUGAUGAUUCAAUGGCUUCAGAUGCUUCUUCAGGUCCGGUUCAUUAUCACCAUGCCUAUGGUCACAACCAAACUAGUCAUGGAACCGCGGCCUCUAAGAAAGAUAAACAAGAUCAUGGAAGCAAGUGUUCUAAGAAGAAUGCAAACAAACAGGAGAAGAAACGUGUUGACAACAGAACAAAAGUUGUAUUGAGCUGGUUGACAGAAGAAACAAGAAACAUGGCACAAGAAAAGUGGCCUGGGGGCACACGAAUGGGGUAUGCUGCGCUGGAAAGAGGAUUGGACACGAAUGCAACAGCAAGGCAAUCACAAGUUUUAGGCUCAAAGAAGGAAAGCAAAGGGAAGCGCAUUGGUGAAAGAUGUCGUGGUCUGUCCAUCGGCCAGAAGUACUGA